CCAGUCUAUUUUUGUUGAUUUCACACACAUGCCACAUCCCACGAGACAUCUCCGAAGCAGCUUGGUUUUGUCCUGAAAAAGCACAGCGACACAAUCAUCCCAUAGCGUGCGCAUGCUUGCAACAUGCAUUUUUCUUGUCGAUACCCUUAGACCCUUUUUUUCUCCGACUUUUGUUCACCUUGGUCCCUUCCUGCCAGCCACCAUGCGCCGUGCAGUUGCAUCCUCACUUCCCCUCCGCCGAGUGGGCGCAUCGCUCAACGGCUCUGCCGUCACAACCCGAGGCCUCACAGAGCAGGCCGUCCUCCGACGCUCUCUCUGCACAACUUGCCUUGCCAGCAGACAAAACACAAGCGCUGGAAGGUUCCGUCCCUCUUCGCAUAUUCUUGCGCAAUAUACCAGAAACGGGGGCCAGAAGAGGACGGCAUCGGCGGUAGCGACGGCGACAGAGGGAAACAGGGCCGCAAACGAUGACCAUGGUCCCAUACAAGAAUACGACCGCCGAGUCGACAACGGCAUUCUGCGCAACGACGAGCAUCAGAGGGGUAUCAUCCAGAGCCUACAGCACCUCCACGACGAGCUGGUCAACUACCAUGCGCCCGAAGUGAAGCAGCCGACUCUCGAGUCCAUCAAGCCCGCCAAGUCCAUGUUCGGGUCCUGGUUCGGCGGGGGAAAGGCUGCCGAGGCCACGAUAGGAGCGAUCCCGAGCAACCUGCCCCGCGGGCUGUACCUCUUUGGCGACGUCGGUAGCGGCAAGACGAUGCUCAUGGACCUGUUUUACGACACAUUGCCGAGCUCUGUCAGGACCAAGACGCGCAUUCACUUUCACAACUUCAUGCAAGAUGUCCACAAGCGGCUACACAAGAUGAAGAUGCAGCACGGCAACGACGUCGAUGCCGUUCCCUUUGUGGCGGCGCAGAUCGCAGCGCAGGGCAACGUUCUCUGUUUCGACGAGUUCCAGUGUACGGAUGUGGCAGACGCCAUGAUUUUGAGAAGACUAUUAGAAGCGCUCAUGUCGCAUGGCGUCGUGUUAGUCACGACAUCGAACCGACACCCCGACGAACUCUACAAGAACGGCAUACAGCGAGAGUCCUUCGUACCGGCCAUCAAGCUGCUCAAGAGCAGGCUCCACGUCAUCAACCUCGACUCCCCGACAGACUACCGCAAGAUUCCGCGACCGCCCUCGGGCGUAUACCACACCCCGCUCGACGCGCACGCGACCUCCCACGCCGAGAAGUGGUUCCGCUUCCUCGGCGACCCAGAGAACCCGGAGCCGCAUCCAGAGGUGCAGAACGUCUGGGGCCGCGAGAUCCACGUGCCGCGCGUGAGCGGCCGGUGCGCGUGGUUCACGUUUGACGAGCUCAUUGGCAAAGCGACGUCGGCGGCGGAUUACCUCGAGCUGGUGCGCAACUACGACGCCUUUGUGAUUACGGACUGUCCCGGCAUGACGUAUCGCCAGCGCGAUCUGGCGAGACGCUUCAUUACGUUCAUCGAUGCCGUGUACGAGUCGCACGCGAAGCUGGUCCUGACCACGGAGAAGCCGCUGACGGAGCUCUUCGUCUCCCGCGCCGAGCUGGAAGAGUCGCUGGAGAAGCAAGGGAAGAAGGAUGAGGCCGCACAACAGGGUGGCGAUACCGCGGCGGCGACGCAUCUACUCGAAGACCUGGACCACAAUAUCGAUUCCAUCAAGGGCAUGUCGGGCCUGUUCUCGGGCGACGAGGAGGCGUUUGCGUUUGCGCGCGCGCUGUCGCGUCUAAGUCACAUGGGCAGCAAGGAGUGGGUUGAGCGCGGCAUGGGGUUGGAGCAGCAGGGCGGCAAGAAGGAGCGCGACGACUGGGCCAAGGUCCGGAGUCGGCAGAUGGAGGACAGCAUGUAGAAGCGAGCGUCUUUUUUUUUUUUUUUUUUUU